AUGGCAACUGAUGAUGAAGCCGAAGAUGGAGAGCAAAACGACAAGCGAUGGUCCAUUGUCAAGCGGGCGUCCGGGAAGUGCAGACUCACUCAGGUGUUAGGAGAGGAACAGCGAGGACGUGCACAGCGCUGUCAUUGCGGCAAAUGUCGCGCGCCGUUGAGCGAGAUCUCCCCAGGAGUCCCAUGUCCCAAUGGCUGUUCGUACAGGUGGCGGAGGAAUCAGUCGUCCGGAAAGCGGAGACGUCUAUCCGCGUGGGAUGUCCAGAGACAGGAGCGGAGCCAAGACCAUUGGGAGGUCUUGGAACGGCGCAAGAGUGCUAAGAGGGAGACUUCAGAAGGCUCAGCGAAGCCUGCGGAGAUUCUGGAAGACUGCAGCAAGGAGGAAGCCCCUCAGCUCAAUGAGGAGCGCACGGCAUCUCAAAGCUCAGAUGAGGUCUCGCUGAUACCGGACGAAGUUGCACGCGAUGAGGACGGAAACGUUGAUCCGUUUUGGAGACAGCGGAGGGCGAAUUUACUUCGAUUUCAGGCGGAGGGAUCUACCGCGCCCAGGGUGGAGGACCCGUCGCAGCCUGAUAUCUUGAAGGGACUGGAAAGGGGCAAUGAUGUUGGGGAGCCCGAGCUGGGACUGGUCUCUGAUGGUGUGCCGGCUGCUUUCCAGCCUUCACAUGCGGCUCCUCGUUCUUACUAUGGAGGAUCGGAUGAAGAAGAUGGGAAUGCAGAAGAGGAGAGUGCAGAAGAUGCUAGUAUCUUGACUGAUGAAGAGGAGAACGCUGAAGACGAGGGUAAUGGCCAGGGCCAGGACGAAGUGGAGGAUAAGUACUAUGAAGAGAGGGGAGAAGGUCAGGAAGUAGGUACGGACCAAGGCUCUGAUCAAGGCUCUGAUGGUCAGGACGAAGAUGACCGGAAUCAAUGUGGAGAGGGAGGACACGAAGCAGCAUACGUGUCCAGAGACUUCUUUGGCUACCAGGAUGAAGAUGGCGCAUAUCACACUGCGCCUCUCGAGGACGAAGACGAAGACGAAGACCGGAGUGCUGAUGAAGUACCUUCAGGACGUGAAGAUAUCCCGCUUGCGGGCCCCCCAAGUCGUGGUCGAGAAUCGGGAGAUAACACCGCUGCCACUAAAGCAACUACACCGACUGGCAAUGUCCCGCUUGCAGGCCCGAGUCGCGGACCAGAAUCUCUGGAGAACAUCACCGCUACUGGUAUAACUCCGAUGCUUGCCAAGUUGUCGCUUGCAGGCCGAAGUGGUGGUCGAGAAGCUUGGGACAACAGCACUACCACUGGAGUAACUUCACAACAUGCUGAUGUACCGCUGCCAGGCGCCAGUCGGCGUCGAUCAUCUCCUGACAACACCAUUACCACUGGAGUAACUUCACGACCUGUCAAUAGACCGCCGUCUGGCCCGUGUCGGGCUCGAGAAUCUUCGGACAACGCCACUACCAUUGAAGUCGAGAAUAAAGAUCAAGUUGAUAAUAGGUUAACUUCAGGACGUAACAUUCCUACUACGCCUGCCGAUGCUAUACUUGAAGCCUUUUCCGGCGGCGCCACUACCACUGAAGACGAGAGCGAGCGAUCGACGACAGACGACACUUUGCCCGGUCGAGCUCUGCGCGGCAAAGACCCAUCCGCGUACGAGCGCGACCUGGACCUCGUCAAAAGAUAUGCGACUGCCAACGGGCGGGCAGCGCUCAACACGGUGAUCCAGAUACGCUUGGUGCGAGCACUUACACAGAUUCGACAGCCAUCAAGCCGCGAUCAAUACCAAGACGCCUAUGACUGUGCGACUUCUGGCCUAGAUCUAGCUAGACUGGCGCUGGAGACGGAUGCUGGACAGCAAGAUUUCGAAACACUUUCCAGGAUCGCCGCACAGAGCCACUACUAUGCAGGUCUGGCGGCAUAUCUGGCUGGACCAGAUGGCUUCGAGAGAGCAGCAGAGCACCUUCGAUCCUCACUGGAAUAUGCGGGCAACACAGACGUGUUAGGUCGAGGUAGAACUGAAGAGGUUUUGAACAACAUUCUUCAGUUUCAGCAGGAUCCUGGUAAUCUUGACACGAACGCGCAAUCAUCAAGCAGGUGGGCAUGGCUUCGCAACCCCUUCGGCUCUCUCAGCUCUAUGGCUGCUUCAUUAUGGAGCUCGCCAUACGACAACGGUGUCACGCCCAAUGGACAGCGUCUAAAUUCAAACAUGCUCGACGGAGAACUUUCAUCUGGACAGUCUGGUAGCAUGAGAUCUUUCUCUACUACUGGCAGCGCUACACCAAGCAAGGGUAGUGGUACCGGCAACUUACGAUCGUAUGUACCCUUUCGCCUUGCUAGCUUUGAGUAUGGGACCAGUGCCCGACCACACAGUGCUGGAUCUCAGGUGAGCCCUGGCACCAGUCAUAGGACGAUACCUGUGGUCAUGCCUGUGACGAAGCGUAUGACCAUUUCGAUUGGAAGUAGCGGCAGUGAUAGAACGUCGCCGAAGCCCAGACCGAUGAUGCAGCGCAACAAGACAGCGCCGAGCAGUUUUGGUAGCUCUUCGACCAAGCUUGGAGCCAGCAGGCCUGGAAGUAGCAACGGCACAGUGUCGUUGGAGGCCAUACUGGGAGCAUCAAUUCGCUCGCCAUCUAAGAGUGAUGGCAUAUCGCAAUCCGGAUCGAGACCUGGCAUUUCGUCACUAUCUAUCGCAUCCCGCAGAAGCAGCGGCAAACUGCCUGUCCCCGGCGCAAGACCUGGAUCAAUACCGACCACUAUCGUCGAGGAACGAAAAGACACUUUCGCACGAGAUGUCCUUGACGAGGGACUGGGGCUGACAGAGUCGCCUGAAGGCUAUCCACAAGGACUCUACGAGGCCGGUCUCCCGAAUGCCAGACAGGAUGAGGCUUACAAGAAAAGAGACGGCAGAGAAGAAGCCGAACGCAUCGAUGAGAGUAGCACGUGGCAGCAGAAGCAGGAAAUUGCGAGGAGACUGGUUGCUCCAAAGGUCAAUCGAAUGGUGAAAGACUUUGGACGAGGUCUGAUGGACGUAAUGCUAAAGACCGUGACUCUCGAGGAGAUGCGUGAGUACUGCCUUGACACGAAUGACGCCUCGUUGGAGCGCAAGAUCUGGGAGAUGAUGUGUAACAAGCAAGCAAAAAAGGAGGCAGCCGAAGGCCUACCGCCGAUACCACCAACCCCAAGACUACGUAGGGCUCAACUGGCUGUCGUCAAUAACUCACCUACUUCUCCCCAGAUACCGCCGACUCCGAGACUGGCCAAAGCUAAGCUGGCGGUUGUAAACACAUCGCCAAUUUCACCACGAGUGUUAGCCAUCCUACAGUCCCCUAAGCCCAGGCUUGCAGUCUUCAAUACUUCUCCGCGAGGCUACGUCCCCAUACCGCAAGUGCCAACCCUUGCCAGACCAGAAGAUGAGGUUCAAGCCGUUGGUACAGGAGUGUCUCGAGGUACGAUGAUAUGUCCACAGGCCGGUCCUUCGCGGGUCUCAGCACCUCCGCGAUCACCAAAACCAGGGCCCAGUCGUCCUCGAAUGUCACCGGCUCCGGAAUCUCAUGAAGCAGAAGUGGACGCAGAAGCAAACAAGCCUCCAGAAGACCUCACCGCACCUAUUGAAGCAAAGGGGGCGGUCGCAGUAGGAAACAAGCGUCUAGAAGCACCAACCACACCUCCCGAGAUACCAUACCUUCCGGAAACACCAUGGGCUCCUCGAAAACCAAGAACAACCCCUUCAAAGCAGAAUGAAAGUCCACCUUCACCCUUAGCGUACAAGAGUGAGCCGUCUCGGCGCCCAUCCGGUCUGCCCAGCGGCCCUACUCCAAUUGAUGAUUCUAGCAGCAAACAUCGCAGAAGAUCCUCAAUCCUCCAAGGCACACUGAACAUCCUGACCGGUGGUGGAUCUGCACGAGCGACGUCAGCUGAAGAUGCGGCGGAGCGAGGUGAGAGUCCGGUUCAUUCACCCGUCGUUGAGAAGAGGGAGAAGAAGGAAUGGAGACAGAGUCGGUUGAGUUUUCAGGUUGUUAAGCAGCGGAAGAUGCUGGAGGAGCUGCUGGAGGAGGGACAUAGUCCGGGGUUGGCGCUGGAGGGGUUUGGGGAGGGUGCUGGGGGACGGUUGUAUACGUUUUGA